CUCGCUUCCCUUUCCGGGAGCGCAGGCGGCGGCCGCUGGUGACUCCUCCAGGCAGAGCCGGGUCCGCAUUCUCCGGCGACGAUCAUGGCAGCCGGGAGACGCGGGGCCAGCCUGCGGCUCUGCGCCACGGAACUUGCCUGAUACAAUGUAAUUGCAUGCAGAAUAAAUAUGUAUUAGAUAGAAGAACUACAUAUAUCUUUGCAUCAUUUGUGCUCUGGAACAGAUCAUGAUGGAUUUUAUGUUUUUUUACUUGAUAUGGCUUUCUGUAAAGUAUUUGUAGAAGAUUUAGAUGAAUCGUUUAAAGACAAUCGAAAAGAUGAUAUAUGGCUUGUGGAUUUUUAUGCACCAUGGUGUGGCCAUUGUAAAAAACUGGAACCAAUUUGGAAUGAAGUUGCUGUUGAGAUGAAAAGCAUUGGCUCUCCAGUCAAAGUUGGAAAGAUGGACGCCACUUCCUAUUCUAGCAUUGCUUCAGAGUUUGGAGUUCGAGGUUAUCCAACAAUUAAGCUAUUAAAGGGGGACUUGGCAUAUAAUUAUAGAGGACCACGAACUAAAGAUGAUAUUAUUGAGUUUGCUCACAGAGUAUCUGGAGCUCUCAUUCGGCCACUUCCAAGUCAGCAAAUGUUUGAACAUGUGCAGAAGAGACAUCGUGUGUUUUUCGUUUAUGUAGGUGGAGAGUCACCUUUAAAGGAGAAAUAUAUAGAUGCAGCUUCAGAAUUAAUUGUAUAUACAUAUUUCUUUUCUGCCUCAGAAGAAGUGGUUCCUGAGUAUGUGACACUGAAGGAAAUGCCCGCUGUGGUUGUUUUCAAAGAUGAAACUUACUUUGUUUAUGAUGAGUAUGAAGAUGGUGAUCUGUCAUCUUGGAUCAACAGGGAGAGGUUUCAGAAUUAUCUUACUGUGGAUGGCUUCCUCCUAUAUGAACUCGGAGACACUGGAAAGCUUGUGGCUAUUGCCGUUAUUGAUGAGAAAAAUACAUCAAUUGAACAUACCAGAUUAAAGUCAAUUAUUCAGGAAGUUGCUAGAGAUUACAGAGACCAAUUCCACAGGGAUUUUCAGUUUGGCCAUAUGGAUGGAAAUGACUAUAUAAAUACCUUGCUGAUGGAUGAAUUGAAAGUCCCAACUGUGGUUGUACUGAAUACUUCAAACCAACAAUACUUUUUACUAGAUAGACAGAUUAAGAAUGCUGAAGACAUGGUCCAGUUCAUUAGUAACAUUUUGGAUGGCACAGUAGAAGCUCAAGGAGGUGAUAGUAUUUUGCAAAGGCUGAAAAGAAUAGUAUUUGAUGCCAAAUCUACUAUUGUGUCUAUAUUCAAGAGCUCGCCACUCAUGGGCUGCUUUCUCUUUGGCCUGCCACUGGGUGUCAUCAGUAUCAUGUGCUACGGCAUCUACACAGCUGACACAGAUGGAGGGUAUAUAGAGGAACGGUACGAAGUGUCCAAAAGUGAAACUGAAAGCCAAGAACCACCGGAAGAGAGCAGAGAGCAGCAGGAGCCGCGGAGCGGGGACUCGCCAGUGCCUACCGUGCAGGAACCCAAAGAUGUAUUAGAAAAGAAGAAAGAUUGAGACUUCACUAGUGUAAAAUGUUGGAUAGGAUUUCAGACUAUUAUUAAAGAGUCUAUUUAUUGAAUUUAGGCAUUUAAUCAUGAUCUUUAGAGAAGAGAACAUGGUAUUUGUAUCAACUGCAUGGAUUAAAAUGGUUCUGUCAUGAAUGGGGAGAUGUUGGGAGCAAAGAGAUGAAAUGUUUCUUCAAAACAAAAUCAAAACAUUCCACCGAAGUUUACCUUAUAGAUUUGUUAUAAAAGAUCACUUCUAUUUGCAUGUCUCUCUGUCUGAAUAUUUUGACAAAAUGGACAGAAUAUUUAAAUCGGUAAGUCAGAUAGAAGAUACAUGUUUGUUACAGAACAGUGAUACCUCCGCGUCCUACCAUCCAUUCUCCUCAUGUAUUUUGGAUAAGGUUACAUGGACAAAAUUAACUCUUUAAAAUUUCGGCACUUGAAGGAGAACUAACUUUUUUCAUGGAUCAAGUUAAGAUAAUGACAUUAAAAGUAAAUUGGUUUUAAUAUAUCAUAGCAAUUUUAUUUUGUUAUUUUUAAAGGAGAGAAAAUGUUACUUUUUAACUUUAUACUCAGUUGCAUUGUGAGAUUUUCAUAUGAGCCUAGAUAAUGGGGAAAAAAUGGUUUUGUGUUUAAUCUUUUCAAUGUGAACAGGAUUUUCUUGGAGCAGUGAUUUCAGGCCGUGCCCUGGGACACCCUGUCGGGUGGGAGAGGUCACGGCAGGAAGGGCUAGGUGUGCGUGACUUCCACCCUGCUUUAGCCAGAAUAGCCUACUUUUUCUCAUCCCUAUUUUAUAUAUUGGGAUUUCUUCGAAAAAUUUGCUUUGAUGAAAAGCGCCUGUAGCUUUUUAAAAACUAAUAUAUAUUUUUAUGUUUAUGAUAUGGUAACUUUACAGUAAUUUAAGAUCUUAUAAAAUUGUUGACAUACAUACAUAUAAAAUAUAUUGACAUAACACCUAUUAUGUAAUCUCUUGGGCAUGUGUGUGUUCAUAAUCACUAAUAGUGAUGUAAUCAGCCUGUCAGUAAAAUUCAUGAGUAGUGAUUAAAGAGAUCUCCUAGUUACCUUUCCCCAUCCUCUUAAUUCUGUCACCCAUUUAGCCAAUGACCUCAUCCCAAGGAUUAGAUAAAUUGGCAUUUUUUUUUGAAGUAACAUUAUGUUUAUUGUAGAUUAUUUUGAGGCUUUUGUUUUAGCUAAAUUUAGGAUUUUUAUUGGGGGACUAUUAUUUGGGUAAUUAUUCAUUGAAUAAUUGAACUAUCUAAUAUAAAGGAUUUUAUCAAACAUGUAAAAGUGUUUAAUCACUUUAAAAACAUGUCAUUCAUGGUCCUGGUCCUGAAAUUGUUUAGGGCUUUGGUCCCCAAGGGCAGCCUUUGUUUAUUUCUGAUGCCAUGCUGAUCACAACUAAGGAAACUUUUCUAUCUUAAGUAUAAGGAGUUACUAGUAAUUGUUUUAUGGUAUCCAUGUGCUCUUUUAGUAUAUAAUAAUUAAGUACUUACCCUCAAUGUUUGGCACUCAUUUUUUAUAAUAAAGCACAUAUGCAGUCACAGAAUUUGAGGAAGUACUAGAAUGAAAUAUUUUUAAAUGGAAAUCGAAGAUAAAUAUUAUUAAUUUAACAGGUAGAUUCCUCUCCAGAGAGUAGAGAGGAUUCUUGUGGAAGGUGAAUAUUAAUGUUCCCAGUGGUCAGGCUUGUUUUGCAGCCGUGAAAAGCAUAGAUCAAUACAGACGCCUCACUUGAGUCUCAGUUUUAUAAAGAAGUUAAAGCUUAGCUGCCACCAGUGACAGUAGGAAAUUGUAGAAAGUAUUGUGGUUUUUUUUUUUCAUGUUUAUCACUUCCUGGAUGUCCAUCAUCUGCAUGUCUUGUCUUUUGUCAAGCAUCACUUACAAAGGAAAGCUUUCAGUAGGGGGAAAAAAAUAGCAUAAAGCUCAGCAUAUAUUACCAAACAAAAGUCUGAUGACCUUUGUAUUCUUGAGAUUUUGCUGUCUGUAGAUUAAUGCCUCAGUUCUCUGUUAGCUUUUUAACACCUCUAUACUGUUACUCUAUAUUGCAUUUGUGUUUUCAAAGGGUAUCUUAGGAAUAUGAAAUGUGUAGAUGGUUUGCAAGUAAAUAAGUUUCUUCCUUUUUGUAUUAAAAUUUUUUUAUUUGUCUCUAGAAUAUUGUCAGACUUCUUACAAAACAAGUUUUAAAUUUAGAUUCACUAGUAUGCUAUUCCCUUUAAUGUAAUACUGCAUUGCCAGGAAUACUGUUGUCAUUUCAGGAAAAAUUACUUCAAAAUAAAGGUAGAUUUCUUAAUCUAGUAGAAGAGCAUAGAUAACCUAAUUCAGUGGUGAAUCUUACUAUGAUUACCUAUUGAUGGUGGGGGAAUAUCCUUCAAUAAGCUGGAAUUUUGCCUUCUUUCAGUUGUAAUAAAGUUCUGUCUCAGACUUCUAAAAUUCAAAGCCCUAGAUGCUUGCACCAUCUGGUGCUCAGACAGUAUGUAAAGAUAUUUCAAAGAGAGAAAAUGCAUGUUUUUGAUAAGUUGUGCAUGCCAUUAUAGCUUGCAGUCUUUUGUUUCAUUGUAUACAUUACUGUUUCUCUAGCUAGUAUUAUCUGAAACUGGUUUGAAGUCUGUUAGACUUGGAAUUUUCAUUUUCUUCCUCACACGUAGUGCUUCCUGGUAUGCGAUUUAGAAUUAACAUUAAGAGCCAAAUGUUUAGAGGUUGAAGGGAGGGUCCACAUGGGUAGUUAAACAAUUAGCUAUAUAGUUUUUGUUCAGUGGAUUUUUGUUAUUAAUGUUUUUUGUGUUUUGUUUCAGGGGCUCUUUUGGUUUUGGGGAAACUAUUUUAAGUAUUUUCAUCAUUGCUUCAUAUGAUAUGGAGGUGGGACAGGGAAAAAUCACUCAGCUAUUCUUAUUAUGCAGAAUUAUUCAAAUAAACCAGUGUGGGAUAUUAAGACUAUCAAUUAACUGGUGUGAUUAGGUUUGCCAUUUUAUUUUUAUAAAUAUAUAUUUUUUCUGAAUGUGACUGAGUCCAAGAGUGAGCAAAAAAUAAUUUUCUACUUUGGACUAAUCUAUAAAGGUUUUUGAAAGUCUGUUUCACUAACUUGUUGAAUUCAUGAUAUCCUGCCUUUGGCACUGAUUGUAAACCUUUGUUUUUCUAAAAUAAAUUAAUUGAAAACCUA